CAGGUCGGAUUAAGGAGGUGGUGUUGGAGGCUCAGGUUACUGUGAAGUCUGCAGCCGACAGAGGCGGCGGCGUCCCAGAGUACACUAUGGACCUCAGAGAACAUAUACCGCUCCACGACAGUAAAUUGGUGAAAAAAACAGACGUGUUAUUGAAGGCCAACGGUGUGGUCCAGAAGGUGUUUUUCCACAUGUUCCCUCCAGGCAGCGGUCAUCGUCUUCAGGGUGAUGUUGGACCCUGGUUCCCAGGAGCAGCUGGGGUUCCUGCGACACCACCUGGUCCAGUUUAAUCCUCAGUAUCAGAACGGCAGCCUUACAGCCCAGCCCCCGUCUGUUCUCACUAAGCCUCUGAUGACCAUCAUGUCCAGGUUGACGCUGGCCGACUUGAACGUGUUGUUGUUCCGAUGUGAAGCUGAGGAGCAGGAGGAUGGAGGAGGAUGCUAUGACGUUCCUUCGUGGAUGCCCCUGAAGUACGGAGGCCUUCAAGGUCUGGUGUCAGUGCUGGCAGAACUCCGCCCUCUAAAUGACCUCAGUCAUCCACUGUGUGCCAACCUGAGGAAAGGACCCUGGAUGAUGGACUAUGUGUCCCAGCGUCUACUGGCCCACAGGGGGGCCCUGGCACUGGUGGGCCUUUGGUUCCAGGCCAUGUUCACAUACCUGAAGCACAUCCCCUCUUACCUGGUGCCGUGUUAUUUCGAUGCCAUCAUCCAAGGAGCCUACACCACUGCUCUGCAGGCGACCUUCAAACACAUGUCAAGUUUCGUUCAGGGUGCUUCCAGUCUGGUCAAACAGCUGGCUCUGGCUUCAGUGCAGAUGUGUGGAUUCAGUCGGGUUCAGUCGCUGCCCCCCCCCUCCCCUCGCCUUGAAGAUGUCCCACACUGUCAGAAUGAAGACACCAAACAGCAGCGGCAGUGUUGUGUGACAGUGGCUGCAGGUCUUCCACUCUCCUGUGCAGGGACGCUUCGUUGUUGGGGUCGGGACACCUUCGUCUCCCUCAGAGGUUUGCUGUUGUUAACUGGCAGACACCUGGAGGCUCGGAACAUCAUCCUGGCUUUUGGAGGUACACUACGCUAUGGUCUGAUCCCCAACGAGCUGGGCCGAGGAACCGACGCACGCUACAACUGCCGGGACGCUGUGUGGUGGUGGCUGCAGAGUGUUCAGGAGUACUGCUCACUGGUACCAGGAGGGGUCUCCAUACUCAGGUGUCCCGUCUCCAGGAUGUACCCCACAAAUGUGUCUGAGCCUCAGCCGGCUGGAGCCUGGGACCAACCGCUGUAUGACGUCAUCCAGGAGGCCAUGCAAAGACACAUGCAGGGGAUUCAUUUCACUGAGAAGAACACUGCAGCGCUGCACACACACAUGAACCAGGAAGGGUUCACUGUGGAGGCAGGAGUGGACCAGAGCACCGGCUUCAUCUACGGAGGAAACCGCUUCAACUGUGGAACCUGGAUGGACAAGAUGGGGGAGAGUGACAAGGCCCACAACAAAGGGUGCCCCGCUACACCCAGGGAUGGCUGUGCAGUAGAGAUCGUCGGCCUGUGUAAGUCGACUGUGCGCUGGCUGGUGAAGCUCUUUAAUGAAGGCCACUUCCCCUACGCAGCAGUUAAUGUGCGCAGUGGAGGACGGACGUUCUCUGUCUCAUAUGUGGACUGGGAUCGAAGGAUCCAGGAGAACUUUGAGAGGAAGUUCUAUAUUUCCCAUGAUGCCACAGACCCUGAGGAGGAUCACCCAGAGCUGGUCCAUAAGAGGGGGAUCUACAGGGACACUGUGGGGGCGUCCAGCCCCUGGUGUGACUACCAGCUCCGACCCAACUUCACCAUCGCCAUGACAGUGGCUCCAGAGCUCUUCUCAGUGGACCAGGCCUGGGGGGCUCUGGCUGUGGCUGAGCAGAAGCUGCUGGGUCCUCUGGGGAUGAAGACCCUGGACCCAGAUGACCUGAUGUACUGUGGAGUCUACGACAGUGACCUGGACAACGAUAACGUCCUUCAGGCUAAAGGCUUCAGUUAUCAUCAAGGCCCAGAGUGGGUGUGGCCUGUAGGCUACUUCCUGCGUGCCAAACUCUACUAUGCAAAGAAAAUGGGAAAGGAGACGUACGAUAAAACUGUAACCCUGGUGAAAAAUGUCCUGUCUCGCCAUGCUGCGUAUUUGGAGAGGUCUCCAUGGAAGGGUCUACCGGAGCUGACCAAUGAAAAAGGCCAACGGUGUCACUACAGCUGUGAGAGCCAGGCCUCCUCUGCAGCCUCCAUCCUGGAGGUCCUUUAUGACCUUUGACCCCUCUGCAUCACUCAGACACAGCCUGUACUUACUGUACAAUCCAAUCAGUCACAAAAAGCACAUUUGUUUUUCUUUUUGUGCCCAGUAAGCAGUUUCCGCCUCAGUACUGGUGUGUUUGGUGUCCAGUUCGAUCUCAUCUACAUCAGAAUGACUUCCUUUAACCCUUUUCCAGAGGCUGCAGUCGGGUGGUCCACACUCAUAUAGAACCUGUUCUGUACGACUCUGUCGUCCUCCCCCAGCUCCCUGUGCUGUGUUAGUACAGAAUUAUUCACUAUUAAACUGUUCAGAAUCCCAUUUCCAGAAGCAGUGGUUUUGUUUGAACCUUU